AUGUUGCCUCGUGCCGCCCGUCGCCGAAAUCCCCUUCACCAGCUGCGCCUCUCGACCGAGCAGCUAACUCUACCAUGGCUCUGUCCAGCGGCCCUCCGGCCUCAUACUCAAUCACACCGGCCGGGAAAUAACGAUUCAAAUGUCUCUACUCCAUCUGCAUUACAUCGUCGUUCUUCCUUUUCGCAGUCUAGACGACACCUGGCAACCGCAACAGAUGGCGUGCCACUCUCAUCGAGUGCUUCCCCCACUCCGUCCUGGUUGUCGCCGCUUCUAGGACAGACCAUGUAUAGCGAMCCUGCCAUUAUGAUCCAAGAGAGCCAAUUGAUUACCACGCCUACUUUGAAGAGAGUCCGUGGUAUCGGUGGCUCACUCGAGGAGAUGAUGGCCCGGUUUCAUGUUCUGCUCCAGACCCGAGAAAUUGAAAAAGCCGCACAGGUUCUCGAUCAAGCUGUCGUGGCUGGKAUGAUUGAGAAUAAGCGUACUGGAGACACGCUGAAAAAGGCAUUAAGUCUGCAAACCUGGUUUGAGGUCAAGUUACCGCAAGGUUUCUUGAAGCCUAAUGCUAGGACGAUGGCAAUUAUGCUGAGAAUGACGCUGCGUUUGUUUCAUGGUUCGAGGCGCGAUCGGACGGUGAGGAGGUACUGGAAUAUGGUGAAGCAGAAUAAGUUUGAGGUUGAGGUUCUGUCUAUGCCUGAUCUUUUGACGGAGCGGGAUUUGGGCGAGAUCUCACAGAUAUGUCCUAAUGAACUACCAAAUUUUGACUUGGCAAUCGAAGACGAACCCGAGCUUACCACGGAAGUGGCCCCGACUCACGAAGACAUAUCUGUUCGCGCGACCAAGCAGAAAGGUCUUGGUCUUUCGUCUUUAAAGUCUACUCUAUCGGUACUUCCGGAUUUUGCCAACGCUUUCGAGACAGAUGACUUCGACUCGGAAGAAGCAAAAGCCCUGCAGCGUAAAAGGCAAGCAGAUCUAGAAGGUAAAGCUGUGGACACCGCCAAAAAGCGCUGGCAACGAGAGAUGGAGACUAUGAGAUCCGCCGGUAUCGAUACGUCUGGUGGCGGCAAGUCGAUAGCUAAUUUGUUGGAACAAUGGUACAACGAUUUGGUCAUCAAGGUCAAAGAGGAAAUCAAAAUCCAUGGAUCGUCAGAAAAAAGCUCGAAAGUGUUGUCCGAAGACAAAAAUCGGGAAUACACCGACUUCCUACGUCUUCUACCACCUGACACGUUGGCUGCCAUUACAGUUAUGCACAUUAUUCAACUUUUCGCUCGAGCAGGUGUUGAGAAAGGUCUCAAGGUUCCUACAAUCAUGACAUCCCUUGGACAAGAAAUCCAGAACGAGUUUGUUGCUCAAUCCAUGAUCGCCAAGUCGGAGCGUGAUUCUCGUCACCAGAAAUUUAUCAAGCAGGUUGUGGAAAAUAGGAAGAAAAGGUCAGGCCGUGUCAAGUUUAAGAAGCUCUUUGAGGAAUUGAAAGGCGACAGCCGCCUAUCGAGUCCGGAUACAAUCGAGUCCGAAUAUAAUUGGCCAAUUGACGUGCAUGCUAAGGUGGGAGGCGCUUUGCUAUCUUUGUUAUUUGACUGCGCCAAAGCACCAGUGUGGCAGGAAGAUCCAGAGACCAAGAAACGUGUCAUGGUUAUGGAACCGGCUUUUCAACACUCGUAUGAGAUUAACAGAGGCAGAAAGUUUGGUUUACUACACGCUCAUCCCGAGGUCACACGAAGACUUAUUCGCGACGCUCCUAAUGCCGUCUCAGCUCGUCAUAUGCCCAUGCUUGCGGAACCUGCGCCAUGGACUGGAUUUGACAAAGGUGGAUUUCUUGCACAGCGCAGCCCGAUUAUGCGCACAACACCUGGAGACAGUCUUCAACAGUCGUACAUGAAGAAGGCUUUAGAAAACGAGGGACUUCCUGAAGUUCGUGCCGGUUUGGACAUAUUGGGAAAGACCGCAUGGACUAUUAACAACGACGUGUUUGAUGUUAUGCUAGAAGCAUGGAACACGGGUGAAGCCUUUGCCAAAAUUCCUCCUCUCGACCCGCAGAUUACCUUACCAGAGAAACCCGCAGAUGAUGACGUUGAAGCGAUGAAGGUAUACAACAACAAGCUCCGGGAAGCGGAGAACUUGCGAUCUGGUCUCCAUUCUCAGAGAUGUUUUAUCAAUUUCCAGAUGGAGAUUGCUCGUGCAUACAAGAACCAGACCUUCUAUCUACCUCAUAACAUGGAUUUCCGUGGCCGCGCUUACCCACUUCCAGCAUAUCUGAACCAAAUGUCUGCCGAUAAUGCUCGAUCUCUUCUUCUCUUUAAAAAGGGCAAGGCUCUUGGCGAGGCUGGUUUGAGGUGGCUGAAGAUUCAUCUAUCCAACGUCUACGGUUUCGACAAGGCCAGUCUCCAGGAAAGAGAAGAAUUUACGAUGAAGCAUCUGGAUGAUAUUCUCGAUUCAGCAAACAAUGGUCUCCAUGGUCGUAAAUGGUUUAUGGAGGCAGAAGAUCCAUGGCAGUGUCUUGCCGCAUGCUGCGAACUCCGCAACGCGCUUCAACUAGAGAACCCAACGGAGUACAUGUCGCGAUUGCCUGUUCACCAAGAUGGCUCUUGCAAUGGUCUUCAACAUUAUGCGGCAUUGGGAGGAGAUAUGGAAGGUGCUCAACAUGUCAACCUGGAACCCGGUGAUCGACCCAAGGAUAUCUACACUGGUGUCUCCGACUUUGUCACCGAAAAGGUCGCGCGGGACGCAGCAGCAGGGCACGAAAUUGCCAAGCUUCUCGAAGGGAAAAUCAAGCGUAAGAUUGUCAAGCAGACGGUCAUGACCAACGUAUAUGGUGUUACUUUUGUUGGUGCCAUUCGCCAAGUCCGUCGUCAGAUUGCUGCGCAUUACCCGGGCCUUGAAGAGGUUCCCGGUAUUAGCAAGUAUAUCGCUAGCGCUAUUUUCGAAGCGCUCAGCACGAUUUUCAGUGGCGCCCAUUCUAUUCAGUACUGGUUAGGUGACUGUGCUACCAGAAUCAGUCAAUCUAUCUCUCCGGAUCAACUGGACUUGCUUGCCAAACAUGUCUACCAGGACGACAUGUCAACCAAGGACGAUGCUGAGACUGACCCCUUGAAGAUGUUCAGAUCUACUAUUAUCUGGACCACGCCUCUAGGCCUCCCUGUUGUCCAGCCCUAUCGUGCCGUGAAGUGUCAGCGUGUGUACACCACUUUGCAGACGCUGAACAUUAUCCAGGAUUCGACUUCAGGCAAUGUGUCUAAACGCAAACAACUUCAGGCUUUCCCACCGAACUUUAUUCACUCACUGGACGCCACCCACAUGAUGUUGUCCGCUAUUGAGUGUUAUCGCCAAGGACUCGUUUUCUCUGCUGUUCACGACUCGUUCUGGACCCAUGCAUGCGAUGUCGACAAGAUGAAUAUUGCUUUGCGGGACUGUUUCAUCCGCAUGCAUAGCGAUGAUAUCGUCAAGAGGUUGGCUGCCGAGUUCCGCGCUCGCUACGAAGGUCAUAUGUUCCUUGCCAAGAUUCCCGAAUCCAACCCUGUCGCACAAGCAAUUGCCAAGUACCGCAAAGAAAAGUAUGGCAACACAAAGAAGAAAUACUACGUCGAUGAAUUGCUCUUGGAGCAUCAACGACAGACGUUUUUACGAUCUGAUAAUCCCGUAUUGCAAGAAAGGGGCCGUGCGAUGGUUACAGCGGCAAGCAUUUUUGAGAGCGUGGGUGGUAGUCACAACGACUUGGCCAUUGCCUCCACACUUGGUCAAACUGGCACAGGUAACACUACGACCGAAAAGCGAGCAGGUGUAUUUGGUAAUGCCGUUGUUGAUGACAAGGAUCCAGCUGUGGCCAGCUUGUUCUCUGACCUUGAUCCUCAAUACCUCGAUGCUGAGAUUGAUGCCAAAGCCCGCGAGGACGUCGUCGGCGAGGAAAGCGCGGAGUCUGCUACGGAAGAAUCAGAACCAUUCGAAGACGAGGUCGAAGAAAAACUCAAGCCUACGAAGACGAAGAACAAGAUGGAGUGGGCAUGGUUACCACUCCAAUUCCGCGAUAUUCCCAAAAAGGGAGAAUUUGAUGUCAAGCGAUUGAAGGACAGUCAGUACUUCUUCAGUUAG